CAAAAUUUGCAUGCAAUAGGGAAGAGGAAAAAGAAAGAAUGAAAACAAUUCAAGGUCAGAGUGCAACAACAGCCUUGACGAUGGAGGUGGCAAGGGUCCAAGCAAUAUCGUCGAUAACGAAAUGCAUGGACACAAUACCAUCAGAAUAUAUUCGUUCAGAGAACGAACAACCUGCAGCGACAACGCUGCAGGGAGUGGUACUUGAGGUACCAGUCAUCGACAUAAGUAAUGUCGAUGACGACGAAGAAAAGUUAGUGAAAGAAAUAGUUGAGGCUAGUAAAGAGUGGGGUAUUUUUCAAGUGAUAAAUCAUGGGAUACCUGAUGAAGUUAUUGAGAAUUUGCAAAAAGUUGGAAAAGAGUUUUUUGAGGAAGUGCCACAAGAGGAAAAAGAAUUGAUUGCAAAGAAGCCAGGGGCACAAAGUUUAGAAGGAUAUGGUACUUCUUUGCAGAAGGAAAUUGAAGGGAAAAAAGGUUGGGUUGAUCAUUUGUUUCAUAAGAUUUGGCCUCCUUCUGCCAUUAACUAUCGUUAUUGGCCUAAAAAUCCUCCUUCCUACAGGGAAGCAAAUGAGGAAUACGCAAAGUGGCUGCGAAAAGUUGCUGAUGGUAUAUUUAGGAGCUUGUCACUUGGGCUUGGUUUGGAAGGCCAUGAAAUGAUGGAGGCAGCUGGUAGUGAAGACAUAGUUUACAUGUUAAAGAUCAAUUAUUAUCCACCAUGCCCAAGGCCUGAUUUGGCUCUUGGAGUUGUGGCCCAUACAGAUAUGUCAUAUAUCACCCUUCUUGUCCCAAAUGAAGUCCAAGGACUCCAAGUGUUUAAGGAUGGUCAUUGGUAUGAUGUCAACUACAUACCAAAUGCUAUAAUUGUCCACAUUGGUGACCAAGUUGAGAUUCUUAGCAAUGGGAAAUAUAAGAGUGUGUAUCAUAGGACAACAGUGAACAAGUACAAGACAAGAAUGUCAUGGCCUGUUUUCUUGGAGCCCUCAUCAGAGCAUGAAGUUGGACCAAUCCCUAAGUUAAUUAAUGAGGCCAACCCACCCAAAUUCAAGACCAAGAAGUACAAAGAUUAUGUCUAUUGUAAGCUUAACAAACUUCCUCAGUGAAGAAUUAUGUAUCUCAUUAAUAAUUAGCUUGUAACUUCAUCAGUAUUAUGGUUUGUUCUAUUAUUAUCAAAACAUAUAUUUUACACUUAAGAACUUUUUGCUUAA